AUGGUCCGCCUCGCCACUUUUGUCCUCUCUUUGGCUUGCUCUGCCUUGGCCUCUCCCGUUUCGAAGACAUCUGGUUCUUCUUUGUCUGAUGUCAGUGACGUUGGAUCUGCCAUUCAUGAGUGGGCCAUCUCGAAGGCAAUCACGAAGCCCGCCAUUGUCUGUGACAUGACUUGCAGGGCCUGCUCAGCCAAACCCGCCCCAAAGAAAGGCAAAGACGCACCCAAAGGCAAGGCGCCUAACAAGACACCCAGCAAGAUCCCUAGCAGAAUCCCUGGCAAGGCACCUAGCAAAAUCCCUAGCAGGAUCCCUAGCAAAGGGAGGGGCAAGGGCAACGGCAAAUCCAUUCCUCGCUCUCUGGAACUAGGAGAGAGGUCUUUGGAUGAUAUUGAGGACCUUUGGGGAACCGAUGCAUCGGCAGCAAACGAAUAUGUCAUGGAGCAGAUUGACAGUGUCGCUGGAAAGGACGACGAGUUGGACUGGAACCUUAUCCAGCAUGAUGCUGUCUCAGGGCAAGGAUCUUGGGGUGAAAAGCCCUUGCGGAAGUACAUCCGGGGUCUUAUGGGCUGCACUGGCAUCGUCAUCGUCUCUGACAAGGGCUACUGGUUCGCUCAUUUUAUGGACACUGGUUUCCUCGAUCGCGGAGACAACUGGAAGAACAAGAUCAUCAAGCCUCUCCAGCAGGGUACCAACAAAUUCAUCACCCCUCGAUCACUAGCCAAGUCCGGCGGCAUUCUUAACAAGGCCAACAAUGUCAAGAUCUACGUCUCAACACCCCGUACCAAGACGUCCUCAGAGCGAAAUCCAGUCCUUCUGUACAAGGCCAAGGUCGACGAGCUUUUGUCUCAUAUCACUGGACGAGGCGAGCCCUUGAACGGUGUUCAGGUCAUUACCCGCGGUUAUCUCAAGCCCGAGAGUGAGGCAGAGCUUGAAGCGUUCCACAACAGAGCCAAUGGAAAGGUCCUUAUCGAGUACGACAACAACCAGCUGGAUGUCGACGGAAAGCAGCCAAACCCUAAAGAGCGCAUGUACCGUAUCUGGCUUGAGCACAAGUACUACGAGCACAGGUUCCGCUAA